UCUCAAGCGGAGAGCUGAGGAGGAGGACGCAGCGAAAGGACAAGGCUCCCAAAAGCCCCAAACCCCUCUCCUCCCCCGACUCCGGCGAGUCCUGGCCCCUCCGGCGGCGAGAUGUCGUCGGUGACCCGCCCGCGGCGGGAGGCGGACUUCGCCCGCUUCCCGUCGUCCACCCCCAUCGUCAUCGACAACGGCGCCUCCACCUUCCGUAUCGGGUGGGCGGGCGAGACGGAGCCGCGCGCCACGUUCCGCAACGUCGUGCAGAGGCCGCGCCACCGCAGCACGGGUGAAACUGUCUCAAUUGUUGGGGACACUGAUCCAGCUCUAAUGAAGUUCUUUGAUUGCACAAGAUCGGCAGUUCGCUCUCCAUUUGAUGAUGAUGUCGUCUAUCAGUUUGAGUACAUGGAAUAUAUUCUCGACUAUGGCUUUGAUCGAUUAGGUGCCAAUUCAGAGGUGGGACAUCCAAUUCUUAUGACAGAAUGUGAAUGCAAUCCGUCCUUUUCUCGGGCCCGAAUGGCAGAACUACUUUUCGAGACAUAUGGUGUGCCAUCCAUUGCAUUUGGCAUCGACAAUGCGUUUAGUUACAAGUACAACCAGAAACUUGGGAACUGUAACGAAGAUGGGUUGGCUAUUUCAUGUGAACACGGAACGUGCCAUGUUGUUCCAUUUUUGAAAGGCCAGCCUGUAUUGGGGGCAUGCUCCAGAACUAAUGUUGGUGGAUUUCACAUUACUGAUUUUCUGAGGCAGCUUCUCUCUCUAAAAUAUCCUUAUCACACGGCAAAUUUUACAUGGGAGAAGGCUGAAGAGCUGAAGAAGGAACAUUGUUAUGUAGCUUUCGAUUAUAUGUCAGAGUUGCAGAUAUUUAAGAACAACAAGGAAGAAGCUGAAGAGAAAACGAGGUAUUGGCAGCUACCAUGGGUUCCCCCACCAAAGGAAGAACCACCAUCCGAGGAAGAACUUGCAAGGAAAGCAGCUUUGAAGGAAAAGGCUGGUCAACGUUUGCGAGAAUAUGCUGCUAACAAGAGAUAUCAGAAGAUAGUGGAACUUGAAAAGACACUUUCUGAUUUGGAAGAAUUAAUGGAGCAACUUGAUGAAGCUGAGGAAUCAGAUGCAACAGCUAUUCUAAGUAAAUCUAAAUAUCUUUCCCAGCAGGACGUCAAAUCUGCUAUUUUAAAAACAACACAGGCCCUAAGGAAAGCAAAAGGGGAGUCCAAUGGCAAUGAGGAGAAAGCAGAUGCCCCAGCGGCUGAUAAGUAUCCACUUGUGUCUGUUCCAGAUGAGGAAUUGACACCAGAGCAGUUAAAAGAAAAGAAGAAACAGAUAUUACUUAAAACCACAACGGAGGGUAAAUUGCGUGCCAAGCAGAGACGCGCUGAAGAGGAGGCAUUGCGGGAGAAGCAAGAAGAGCAGAGGCGUGCGGAGAACCCAGAGUUAUAUCUUGAAGAGCUUCGUACCCGAUAUUCAGAACUUUCUGAGAAAUUUGAGCAGAGAAAGCGACAGAAAGUUAAUGGUGGCCAGACAAAUGGGAACCAUGGUUCAUCUGGUGGUGUAGGACGUGGAGAACGGCUAAAUGCAGCUCAGAAAGAAAGGAUGCGGCUGCUCGCUUCUGCUGCAUUUGAUCGGGGCAAAGGUGAGGACACUUUUGGAAUGAGAGAUGAAGAUUGGUUAGUGUACAAUAAGAUGAGCAAAGACAAUGAUGACGAUGGGAAUGAUGAUGAUGAAUCGGAACUUGUUCGGAUUGCAUCAAAGCUCCAGGAGAUCGACCCUACAUUUGUCUCCAAAUCCGAAGCUGUUCAACUUACUCCGGAGCCUCCCAAAGUCCGACCUCUCACCGCAGAGGAUUACAGAAUUGCCAUUGGCAUCGAGCGGUUUCGCUGCCCCGAAGUGCUUUUCCAGCCUGGUAUGAUAGGCAUCGACCAGGCCGGCAUCGAUGAGAUGGUCAGUAUCUCGCUCAGGAGACUAAUGGAGGACGAGUCUGUCAAGCAGCGCCUCUGCCAGUCCAUUCUCGUCACUGGCGGGAGCUCCCUGUUCCCCGGCAUGAUCCCGCGCCUGGAGUCCGGGAUCCGGCAGUAUCGGCCGUACCUCUCUCCGCUAAAGAUUGUCAGAGCAGCUGAUCCCAUUCUAGACGCGUGGAGGGGCGCUGCUGCCUUUGCGGCAUCCAGCAAGUUUGGGAAACAAACUUUCAGCCUAGCAGAUUACAGAGAGCAUGGCGAGAACCUGUUUCAUCGAUACAACAUUGUUUACUCUCUGUAACUCCUCUUACAGCAAAUGGCAUGUAGUUAGCGAGCAAACAACCUCAGUCAGGCUAUUUAUUUGACAACUGAUACGGAUUGAUCUAGCAACAAAUUUUUCUUGAAAAUGCAAUUAAUGUCCUUAAGUUA